CUACUUUUGACAGGUAGAGGGUGCACCAAUCACAUCUUCGCAAGUGAGUCGGCACACCAGAAAUGACCCUGUACUUUCUAAGCUGAUGGAUGUAGUCACUAAUGGUGGAAGUACCAGGCUCCCGGAGUUUCAGCCAUACAACAGAAACCUGUAUGAGCUAUCAGUGCGGGCAGGAUGUCUUCUGUGGGGACAAAGGGUACUUGUUCCACCCACUCUACAGAACAGGGUGUUGCAGCAACUACAUCAUGGACACUGUGGGAUGGUCCGCAUGAAAGAGCUUGCCAGAAGUUACUUCUGGUGGCCAGGACUUAACAAGCAAAUUGAAGAAACUGCAAGGACCUGCCCUUCAUGCCAGAAAUUCCGCAACAUGCCACAGCCUGCUCCACUUCACCCGUGGGAGUGGCCGGAGGAACCGUGGAAACGUGUUCAUAUUGAUUUUGCCGGCCCAUUUGAGGAUAGGAUGUUUCUGGUAGCUGUGGAUGCACAUAGUAAAUGGCCGGAAGUGUGCAUUAUGAGAUCCACCACAACUGAGAAAACAGUUGAGAGACUUGGGGAAAUGUUCAGCCGAUUUGGGUUCCCUGAACAACUGGUGAGUGACAAUGGCCCCCAGUUCACUGCACCGGAGUUUGAGAAAUUUCUGGAUGUAAAUGGAAUACAACACAUUCGCUCGGCUCCGUAUCAUCCAUCCACUAACGGACUAGCUGAGAGGUUCAUCCAGAGUAUGAAACAGGCCUUGAAGGCAUCAGUGGAACAAGGUUCACUCCACCAGAGACUGAAUAACUUUCUGCUGUCAUACAGGAAUGUCCCACACUCCACUACCAAGGUCGCUCCUUCUGAACUAUUCAUAAAAAGGAAGUUGCGCACCUUUUUUGAUUUACUGAAACCACCCCAGACCAAAGACAUUGUUUUGCAAAAACAACGAGCACAGGUUGAGAGACGUAGCCUACGGGCAAGAGAGAGGAUCUUUCAUCCUGGAGACCAGGUGUUAGCACGAAACUACCAUGGCAAACAGAAGUGGGUUCCUGCUAAGGUCAUAGCACAGACCGGUCCUGUGUCUUACACAGUUGAGACCCCUGAAAAUGUUGUCUGGCGCAGACAUACGGAUCAGUUACUGCAUGGACCUAGGACGCCUGUGGACCCCCCUGAAGGUGAUACUGAACUAUACAAACAUGCCAGCCCUACACCGUCUGCUUGGGGACAGACCCAGUCCAGUCCCACUCCUGUGGCUGUUCCCGAUACUGAACUGUCAGCACCUCCCAUACCAGUUUCCAUUCCUGUUGCUGGGGAGCCGCCCGUUGACAACAUUGUUCGCCGAUAUCCUCAGAGAGAACGGCGACCACCCGUGCGGAUGAAUCUUUAACUAGCGACUUACCUAUAUAUGGGGCAGAAUAAUCCCCAGGGUAAUGUCAGGGUUUGAGUAGUCCACCUCAUUCCCUUAGAGUAGUGACAACUGGACUUUGUUGUUGAUUAAUGUUAAUCUGUGACAGUAACUAAGUUGGAAGUUGUAAUGAGUUACUAGUUUUUUUGUAUCUCCUUGCUUGGAUUUCGUGGUUAUGUGAACCCUAUGUUGUGUUGUGUUAGGUUACCACUCCAGUUAGGUUUCAUCUUUACGUGGGGAGGAAUAUGUCAUGUAUUGUGCAUGUGGGUUGUACUGACAUCUGUUGGGGUAGUUGGGUACUGGGGGUGACCCGGAUGUAACAUAACUGAAGGCCAUAAUAAAUCAGUACUGAACGGCACAUUACGCUCCGAUUGUUCUUGUGUGUCUAGUAUAAAUAGAAGAAAUACUACAGACACAACAACAGUGUUAAUCAUAUAUAUCAGCUUCUGGUAAUUAUAGACAAAUCAUCAUGCGUAAUUCGCUGUGCCUUUCUGUCAACAUUGUGUUCUACG